UUUGAUUUGUUUAUCACAAUAUAAAAUACGAUAAUAACCAUAAUAAUUAUUAGUUUAUUACAAUAAUAUAGUACAUUUUACUAGUAUUUUAUUGUGAAUUGUGAUAGUUUCGCCUCAGUGAACAUCGUAGAGUAGUGCAAUAUCAGUCAUUCGAAAUGAAAAUUAAUUUGAAAAUAGUAAUUUUAGGUGAUUCAUCCGUGGGAAAAUCAUCUUUGUUGGUUGGAAAGUUUUAUUCGGAUACUAAUCUACUCAUAAUCUACCUAAUUAUGGUACUAAUUUUACAACCAAGGAAAUUGUGAUUAAUGGAACAAUCGUAUCAAUUCAGUUUUGGGAUAUGCCAGGACUACGGUCAUUACGAUCUUGCAGUGUACCGUAUUAUCGAGGUGCUGAUUGUUGUGUUUUGGUUUACGAUGUCACUUCAUUAAAAUCUUUUGAGUCAUUGAAUUAUUGGCGAGAUGACUUCCUUACCGAGAUCUCAAUACCUAAUGGAAAAUUAUGUCCAUUUGUAGUUCUUGGUAACAAAGUCGACUUAAAUAACACAAUGGUGGAUCAAGAAUGGGUUAAGUUAUGGAACAGGGAUAAUGGAAUUUUAUCAUACUUCGUAACAUCGGCAAAAGAUUCAACAAAUGUUAAAGAAGCAUUCAACACAGUAGUAAAGAACGCAUUUGAUUAUAAACAAAAAACCUACAUUUAUGAAACUGUAAAUGAUCAGAAGGAACAAAAUUCCCGUUUAUUUUGUUGCGGUCUUUUUCAUGUAGCUAAUAAUUUGUUUUGAACAACCUAACCUAACCUAAUUCAAAUAUCCAAUUAAUCUUAUUACGAAUCAUUAAAUGUACUUCACCUUAUGUUUCUAAUCACCCCUUACAUUCGGGCUUAAAAAAUCAUACCGUCUAAGAAGCAGUCAAAAUUUCCUACAAACUAUUCCUUACAGCCUGUUUUGUAAAUCACUCUAUAUUAUAUUUCUAUAUAGCCUACUAAUCCUUUUUCUCUAAACUCUAAUUCUAUUCCAGAAAAUUCACCUAGAAGGUUAAAGCAAAACUGGAAAGGUAACCUGAAAUAACACUAACUCUCUCUAGUCAGUAAGUGUUGACGCUGGGUGAUUGCUUUGUAAAAUUAUUUGUAAAUUGUAUGUAUUAAAAAUAAAAGUUAAAAGAAAAUCUAUCAAAUGUAA